GCCACAGAAUCAAGCGCAGCCAAUCACAACACGUCUCUGGGUAUCCCCGGACGCCAUUCUAUUGCCACGAGAUAACGACCUCGUUGCCAUUUCAGUUAGCGGCUCACAGUGAAACUUUCCUCUUGGAAUGCUGAUUAAGCAAAUUGGACCGAAAUAUCUCGCUUUUUCUCCACUAUAUCUAAGUUUCCAGAGGUGCCAUUUCGGGGGUGGGGGGGACUCUGCCGCUCAACAUGACUUCGCUUCUUGGGAAAUAGGAAGUAGAAAUUGAUUAAUGGAGGCGAAGUCAUGCUUUUUAUGCGAGAGGUUACCGAGCAGCUUCAGUCUGCGGUUCUGCCACAAUGCGGUGCCUGUGCCGCAGUUGUCUUGCCUCUUCAACCAAAAGCUCAUUCGAAACGACGCCGCCACGAAGAGAAGAGGAGGCGUUCGCAGCAACAGAAAGAGCAAGCCGGACAUCCUCAGAGGCAAUUCGGCGGAGGCGUUCCCGGCGAAGAGCGUGCGGGGUUUGAACGAGAACGGGGACCCUCUGGGGCGGAGGGAGCUGGGGAAGAGCGUGGUCGGGUGGAUUCGAGAGGGAAUGAAGGCCAUGGCGUCGGACUUCGCGUUGGCGGAGGCGCAGGGGGAGUUCCCGGAGCUCCGGCAGCGGAUGGGCCCGGGCCUCACGUUCGUGAUCCAGGCCCAGCCUUACCUCAACGCUGUUCCUAUGCCGCUCGGUCUCGAGGCCCUUUGCUUGAAGGCCGGAACUCACUAUCCCACUCUCUUCGACCACUUCCAGAGAGAGCUCCGGGACGUUCUCCAAGACCUCCAGCGGAAGUCACUCGUCCAGAAUUGGUCGGAAACCGAGUCGUGGAAGCUCCUCAAGGAGCUCGCCAGUUCAGCUCAGCACAGGGAGAUGGCGAGGAAGGUGGUGCAGCCGAAGAAGAAUGUGCAAGGUGUGUUAGGGAUGGACCUGCAGAAGGCCAAGGCUAUACAGAGCAGGAUUGAUGAGUUCACGAAUCGAAUGUCUGAGCUGCUUCGAUUAGAAAGGGAUGUUGAAUUGGAGUUCACACAGGAGGAGUUGGAUGCUGUUCCCACACCGGACGAGACUUCGGAUUCUUCCAAACCCAUCGAGUUCUUGGUUAGACAUGGCCAGGCUCAGCAAGAACUCUGUGACACCAUCUGCAAUUUGAAUGCUGUCAGCACAUCUACAGGAUUAGGUGGAAUGCAUUUGGUAUUGUUCAGGGUUGAGGGGCACCACCGGUUACCACCAACCACCCUUUCUCCCGGAGACAUGGUUUGUGUGAGAACAUGUGAUAGCAGGGGUGCAGUGGCAACUUCUUGCAUGCAAGGGUUUGUCAACAACCUCGGGGAGGAUGGAUGUAGCAUCAGUGUAGCUCUAGAGUCUCGUCAUGGCGAUCCCACCUUCUCAAAGCUCUUUGGCAAGAGCGUGCGCAUUGAUCGUAUCCACGGAUUGGCUGAUACUCUCACAUAUGAGCGCAAUUGUGAAGCCCUGAUGCUGCUUCAAAAGAACGGUUUGUGGAAGAAAAAUCCUUCGAUUGCAGUUGUAGCUACCCUAUUUGGAGACAAGGAAGAUGUUGAAUGGUUGGAGGAGAAUAAUUUGGCAGAUUGGGAUGAAGAAGAAUUGGACGGAGUGUUGAUGACUGGAACUUUUGAUGAUUCACAGGAAAGAACAAUUGCCUUAGGUUUGAAUAAGAAGCGACCACUAUUGAUAAUCCAAGGGCCACCUGGUACUGGAAAGACAUGUUUGCUGAAGGAACUUAUAGCACUUUCUGUUCAACGAGGUGAAAGAGUGCUUGUGACUGCACAUACAAAUGCAGCUGUUGACAACAUGGUCGAAAAACUAUCAGAUAUUGGUUUGGACAUUGUGCGGGUCGGCAAUCCAGCACGUAUAUCUACAACUGUGGCAUCAAAGUCUUUGGCUGAAAUUGUGAAAUCUAAGCUUUCCAGUUUUCAGGCAGAGUUUGAAAGGAAGAAGUCAGAUCUAAGAAAGGACCUCAGUCACUGUUUAGAGGAUGAUUCUUUAGCCGCUGGCAUACGCCAGCUCUUAAAACAGCUGGGGAAGACACUAAAGAAGAAGGAAAAGGAGACUGUGAAGGAAGUACUAUCCAGUGCUCAAGUUGUUCUUGCCACCAACACUGGAGCAUCUGAUCCAUUAGUUCGAAGGCUGGAUACGUUUGACCUGGUUGUUAUAGAUGAAGCAGGCCAGGCAAUUGAACCGUCUUGCUGGAUCUCAAUAUUGCAGGGAAAGCGCUGUAUUCUUGCUGGUGACCAAUGCCAGCUCGCUCCAGUGAUUCUAUCUAGAAAAGCCUUAGAAGGUGGUCUUGGAAUAUCACUGCUGGAGAGAGCUGUGACUUUGCAUGACGGAAUUCUUGCCACCAAGUUAACAACACAGUAUCGUAUGAAUGAUGCAAUUUCCAGUUGGGCAUCAAAAGAAAUGUAUGAUGGAUCAUUGAAGUCCUCCUCGACUGUCUUUUCUCAUCUUCUUGUAGAUUCUCCAUUUGUUAAGCCCACCUGGAUAACCCAAUGCCCACUGCUGCUGCUUGAUACUAGAAUGCCAUAUGGAAGUUUGUCAGUUGGUUGUGAAGAACAUUUAGAUCCAGCUGGCACAGGCUCAUUUUACAAUGAAGGGGAAGCGGAUAUUGUUGUGCAACAUGUCUUUUCUUUGAUUUAUUCUGGUGUUAGCCCAAAAGCUAUUGCAGUACAAUCUCCUUAUGUAGCUCAAGUACAACUCCUGAGGGAUAAGCUUGAUGAGCUUCCAGAGGCUGCAGGUGUUGAGGUUGCGACAAUUGAUAGCUUUCAAGGACGGGAGGCUGAUGCUGUAAUUAUAUCAAUGGUGCGGUCAAACACUUUAGGAGCGGUCGGAUUCCUUGGGGACAGUAGGCGGAUGAAUGUCGCCAUAACAAGGGCACGCAAACAUGUAGCAGUUGUGUGUGAUAGCUCAACAAUAUGCCACAACACCUUCCUGGCAAGGCUGUUGCGUCAUAUCCGCUAUUUUGGUAGGGUGAAGCAUGCAGAGCCUGGCAGUUUUGGGGGAUCUGGACUUGGCAUGAACCCAAUGCUGCCCUCCAUCAGUUAAAUUUGCAUGGGGUUUCUCUACAUAAUUCUUCGACUGGUGAUUAUUCUGAAGCACAACAACUGAAAUGCAGAUGCCUGCUCUCUUUUCCUGUCAGCAUCUAUUUCCAUCUUAAUUCAUGUACAGCAGGCCUCCAUUUGGUCCACAGAAAAAUGUAUUAUAGUUGCGUAACUAUCCAUUGAUUAAUUUGUAUAUAAACAACACACAUUUUCAAUUCCUGAUUUGUAUACAA